GCUUCUAAAAAGGCUGCCCCUUCAGACGUCAUCUCCACAGUGGGGCGUUGAGCCUGCCUCCUGUCACUUAAAGAGUCACUUAAGGAGUGACAGGAGGCAGGCGUAACAGUUAGCGUAACGGUCUCACACCAAAGUCCCUAGUUAAAGAAACACGGGCUGGAAGAAGAAAAAAAACGCAUAAAGAACGAACAAUUUGCAGAACGGGGGACAAUUCUGCAGCAGAAUCAAGAGCAGGGAGGGGAGGCAAGGUUUUGCGUUUCCCCUUUCGCGCUGUAAGCGCCGUUAUUUGUUGAAACUUAGAGCGAAGACGGCGGUUCCCAACGAGCAGUCGCUUUCUGAUGAGGCGAAUUUGCUGACUGUCCAGGACAACAGUUGAGAUCACGUCGUGAGAGAGAAAUGGUAGACCUCGGCAUCGAUCGCUGUCAAUCGUCGAUGCGUUCGUCCCCCGCGCCUGCGUCAGCUGACCCUCUUGGCCAAUCCGGUCCCUCUCGCCCUCAGGUGAAAGGAAAGGACCGGCUGCGCCAGGCCCAGGAGGAAGUGGAGGAGGUGAAGGUCAUCAUGCUGGACAACCUGAACAAGGCGGACGAACGGUCGGGCAAGCUGGGGGAGCUGGAGAACCGGGCCGACAUGCUCCUGGAGAAGAGCAAGGGCUUCAAAAAGACCGCGACCAAGUUGAAACAGCAGAACAGGUGGGAGAACAUGAAGAUGAAGGUGGUGGUGGGCAGCAUCCUGGCGGUGGUGGUGGUGGUCGUCAUCAUCGUGGUGACGGUGCUCAACUGCUGCCCGAAGGUGACCAAUGGGACCUAGGGACUGGUCAGGCGGGCGGCACAGGAGUCGAGAUACAGGAACAGGAGAUUCCCCUGUGCUCUGGCUACGUGGACAAACACAAGAGAGAGAGAGAGAGAGAGAGAGAGAGAGAGAUUGCUACAGUAAAAGUUCUCUAUCAGAGGAAGAAAUGGUACCACUGACUCAACGAAAUGCCAGCAUUGUGCAUCCGAUUGAGCUGCUGCCCCUCAACCUGUUUGACCGACCCUCAACCAGUGCUCUCCCGAUACUUCACAGAGCUGCUCCAGAAAGCUGACUCCGCUCAGUAAGAAAAGGAAUCAAACAACCCCCCCAUCCCAUCCCACAACCCACAAUAGCGCUAUAGUGAGACUUGUUUAUGGGUUAAAGUGUUCACGUGAUCACUGCAGGAUGCCACUUCACACACACACACACACACCUACUCAAUUAUACGUACUUAAUAGCACAACUUGCCAUUUAGAAGACGCUCUUAUCCAGAGCAAUUUACACAGAUUGCAAUCCGUUAUAUUAUACAGCUGGAUUAUUUACUGAAUCGAUUCAGGUUCAUUACCUUGUUCCAGGGUACAGCAGUAGAACCCCACCUGGGAUGCAAACCCACAACCUCUUGAGUUUUAAGCCCAGUUCCGAAACCGCUGUACUACACUGUCAUGUCAGUUUGUUUUAUUAGCAAUACAGAAUGUAAAGAAAUUACUUUCUGUACCUUUCUCUCAUAGCUAUUUGACCACUAGAAUCCAUCUUAGUCUUAAUUGGCUGCCUCGUCUAUACAGUCAUAUAGACAUCACUUUAAAUAAAGGCCAACAGUGUACAAGUUCCAGGCUUAUUUACUCAAAUUCAGUAAACAAAACAAAAGCAUCUAUUUAUGUCCUGUGACUAUGCUUGUGAUUGAGAUUGAGUGUGUGUGUUAGUACCUCAGAUCCACGAGUUGAUCUGGAAAUAAACAAAUAUGGAAAAUAAAUGCACAAAUGUUACAUUAGGAAAAUGUGUUAGAUUUAAACCUUAUGGCAAGUGUCAGAUGGUGAUUGACUUUUUCGCAUGUGCAAAAUUUCUAUUUGUUUAUCCUGUUUUACAUUGAAAGAAUGAUCAGUGUUAUGAAUGUGAAACCUCCGACGAGAGUGCUAUCAUUUCAUUCAACCUUUUUAAGCUUGUAUUUUUUUGCUAUAAUGUGUUUUUUCUUCUUCUGUGAUGUAAUUCAGCUUGUUUAAUGUUACAUACGCUGAGUAUUGGUGAUGUCAUUUGUUUCCAGUCACCUGGAUGGUGUCACUGAGUGAAUUAUAUGUGCUUGUGUUUUGUGCGGUUAUUGAGAAAAGCACGGGAAACAAAUAUUUUAAGAAACACCCUGAAUAGAUGGUUUAACUGAUGGAUGAACUGAUUUUUUAUUUCGAUAUUGAAAUUCACAUUUGUGUUGCAAAGCACCCUAGUGUACUCUCUUCAUCCUGUCCCCAUCAAAAUGUCCCCAUGAAAUGUUUCAUGUUUUCAGUUCCUAUAUUCCGAGUUCAAAUGCUUCUAAGUGAGAAUGAAACUGCUCUCACACACAUGCCAUAAAUACAAAUGCAGAAGGAAGCAGUCUUAAAAUUAAUAAGGGUGCAUUUAUAAAAAAAAAAAGUGAGACUUGUGAUUACCGCAACAAUCUACUCUGAUAGGAACCGCCAGUGCAGAAUAGAACAGAAACUAUUAUCUAUAAGAUGUGUGAAUGUUCCUCUGGAUUCACGAUCACAUUAAUUAUCAGACAGACAAACAGUAAAAAAAAUUAGUAGCAUUCUGUUGUCAGGUGGAGUUGAGAAAGAGAAGUAAAUGUCAGUUUGACCCAGGUCUGCUUAGAGCAUUGUUUUUGGUUGUUUCUCUCAUGAUCAACAAGUUUUACAAUUUCCGUUGCUCUUCUGCUUUAGAAAAGAUAAUUCACCAAAGCAGUAGGAAUUUUUGCUAUCUUGAUAAAGAAAUACUGCUCACUUUUUUUUUUUUGUUUUUUUUAUAGACAUGUUUAAUGUACAUGAGUGUUCAUACAGGAUACUUGCUUAUAAAGUUGGAGUGAUUAAAAUGAA